CCCCUUUAAGACGAACGCCCGAGGGCUGCAGGCGGCGGCGGCGGGGACGCGGCGAGGUGGGCUCUCAGUCCCGCCCCGGACCCCCCACCAGGCGAGAGGCUGUGCAGGAACUCGCGAUCCCCAGGCCCGGCCUGUGUGUCAGCGGCGGGCGCCAGCCCUAUGACAGUCCGGGAGAGGGCGCCUCUCCGGGCCGCCUGGGUGGGGGCCGGAACUUCCUGCGCUGCAGCCUCACAGGUCAUUUCCCGGCGGGGAGGCUGAGCCCCCAGGAGGUGGGGCCGACCCCGUGAAGCAGACCGCGCGAGGGACUGUGAGGCCGGGACCCCCUCCGCGCCUUUGCACCAACCGUGACCCCUUGCAACUGGGGUGCCCGGCGGAGCUGCGCGCUCUCGGCGCCCCCAGAGCCUGCGCGCCGGGCCCCGUGCGCAUUUUGCACGGGGGAGACUGAGGCUGGGAGUGCAAACCUCGCACGGGACACCGCCAGGUGGUGGUAGCCUGAGCCCGCGAGACCCCCACCCCCGCCCCGCGGUCGCCCGCACCCUGGAGCCCUGCUCAGAUCACCGACUCCAAUGGCGGCGGCGGCGGCGCUGCGGGACCCCGCGCAGGGCUGCGUGACCUUUGAGGAUGUGACCAUUUACUUCUCAAAGGAGGAGUGGGGGCUCCUCGAUGAGGCUCAGAGACUCCUGUACUGCGAUGUGAUGCUGGAAAACUUUGCACUUAUAGCCUCACUGGGACUUAUAUCUUUCAGGUCCCACAUUGUUUCCCAGCUGGAGAUGGGGAAAGAGCCCUGGGUGCCUGACAGUAUGGAUAUGACUUCAGCCAUGGCCAGAGGAGCUUAUGGCAGGCCUGGCUCUGAUUUUUGCCAUGGAACAGAGGGCAAGGAGUUACCUUCUGAGCAUAAUGUUUCUGUAGAAGGAGUGGCACAGGACAGGAGUCCCAAGCCAGCUCUGUGCCCCGAGAAGACCUGCCCCUCUGACAUAUGUUGCCUGUGCUUGAAAGACAUCUUGCAUUUGGCUGAACACCAGGCAGCACAUCCCAGGCAGAAACCAUUUGUGUGUGAGGCAUAUGUGAAAGGCUAUGAGUUGAGUGCAAACCUUGCCCAGAAACAGGUGCAGCAGAACGUACACAACCCCAUUGGAAGGGAGGGGGACGAGGUUUCGCCUGUGGAGACCGACGGAGACCACACAUCAGAGCAGCUUUUCACCUGCAGGGAGGACGGGAAGGACUUUGUGGCCAGAGCAGAGUUUCUGCAGCAUGAGGUCACUCCUAGCAAUGGGGAGCCACAUAAGGCCACUGAAGUUGUGGUGGAUUUUCACACCGCACAGAGGCAUAACAAGUGCCGUCAAUCUGGGGAUGCCAUCAAUGACAAAUCCACUCUUGUUCAGCACCAGAGAAUCCACAGCAGAGAAAGGCCUUAUGAGUGCAGCAAAUGUGGAAUCUUCUUCAGUUAUGCCGCUGGCCUCAUCCAGCACCAGAAAGUUCACAAUAGAGGAAAACCGUAUGAGUGCUGCGAAUGUGGAAAAUUCUUCAGCCAGCACUCCAGCCUUGUUAAACAUCGCAGGGUUCACACCGGUGAAAGCCCUCACGUGUGCGGUGACUGUGGGAAGUUCUUCAGCCGAAGCUCCAACCUCAUCCAGCACAAGAGGGUUCACACUGGCGAAAAGCCGUAUGAGUGCAGUGACUGUGGGAAGUUCUUCAGCCAGCGUUCCAACCUCAUUCAUCAUAAGAGGGUUCACACGGGAAGAAGUGCCCAUGAGUGCAGUGAAUGUGGGAAAUCCUUCAACUGCAACUCCAGCCUGAUUAAACAUUGGAGAGUUCACACUGGAGAAAGACCUUACAAGUGCAACGAAUGUGGGAAAUUCUUCAGCCACAUCGCCAGCCUCAUUCAGCAUCAGAUAGUUCACACUGGUGAGCGGCCUCACAGGUGCAGCGAGUGUGGGAAAGCCUUCAGUCGAAACUCUGAUCUCAUGAAACAUCAGCGAGUUCAUACUGGUGAGCGGCCUUAUGAGUGCAACGAAUGUGGAAAGUUGUUUAGCCAGAGCUCCAGCCUCAAUAGCCAUCGGAGACUUCACACUGGCGAACGGCCCUACCAGUGUAGUGAAUGUGGGAAAUUCUUUAACCAAAGCUCCAGCCUCAAUAACCACCGGAGACUUCACACCGGCGAGCGGCCUUAUGAGUGCAGCGAAUGUGGGAAAGCCUUCAGGCAGAGGUCCAAUCUGAGGCAGCACCUGAAGGUUCACAAACCAGAUAGGCCUUAUGAGUGCAGUGAAUGUGGGAAAGCCUUCAGCCAGAGGCCUACCCUUAUUCGGCAUCAGAAGAUUCACACCAGAGAAAGGAGCAUGGAGAAUGUGCUCCGUCCCUGUUCAGUGCAGCAGCACACAGCAGAGAUAAGCUCUGAGAACAGACCUUUUGAGGGUGCUGUCAACUACAAGUCGAACCUUUUUCAUCCACGUACCCACCCUGGGGAGGUUCCCUAGGAAUGCUAGCUAUGUUGGAAGCUUUCUGGAGCCAAGUUACAUUCUCUUACCAUGGAUUUUAUCAGCAUUUUUUCACUGCUGGGGUUGUGAUAGAAGCCACAUCAGCACCACACACUGCAGUUCUCCAGAGAAUGUGUUGACCACUCCACUGUGCUCAGGGAAGGCAGACCUCUCCUCUCCCUUUCCAGUCCCUAAAGGGAAUUGAGAGUAGUCUGAAGCCAUGGGGAGACGUCAUUCCCACCCUGUGUGGCUGGUUUAGCUGUGGACAUGAUCAGCCUUUGGCUGUGAAGACCUGAGCAGGGUUCUGCUGACAGCUUGUUCUAGAGAAGGUUUCCCUUUCUCUGGGACAUUGUUGGUUUUGUGUUAUGCCUGUGAUGGAUUCAUCCAGCCUUCAUGUUACUCAGUGCAACAACUUGUCUCUUGUGUAUCACCCUGUUUUGUGCGAUGAUAAAGGCCUUACGAUAAAGCUGCCUUUAAUCUUCCAUGGUCUGAUCACUGUGUAAGGUGGUUCUAGAACAGAGCUAAGAUCCACCAAACUAAAGGGGUGGCCAGAUUAUCUUGGAGGGGACAGGAGGAUGGCAGAGAACAGCUGUCAAUCCAGACUGGGCCUCAUUUACAUUGCUACCAAGUCCUGCUAGGAAAAAUUGUAGGAAUUUAUUAUGAUCUGAAUGGCAUGAAUUUGUACCCCGAGGAGGGGGCAGUUGUGACAACCUCCAGUUCAUGUGGGAGCAGCAUGAAUUGGGUCCCUUAUUCCCAAGGGGUGCCCCAUAUUCCCCAACACUAUAAAGCAGAUGCUGUUUAGCACCUGCCAAGGGGCCAUAUGCCCUGAAGUUCAGCAUUAGGCAGGUGUCUCUUAACUGUUAAGACCUACAAGGCCCUGCUGGGACCAUAAAUUGUACAAAAACACUGGGUGUGAUUAACAGGGAGUAGGUGAGAUUAUAGUAAACCAGGAGAAAUGGACCUGUUCUAAAGGUGCACCCAUGAAUGUUCCCUUGAAUGUGGCUAUGCAGGAUUCAGGGUUUGCAGAAAUUCUCAGGACCUCUAGACCUCUGUCCUAGGACUAAUGUUACUGGCAGAGCAAAUAAUCUCAAGAUUUUAGUUUUAUGGAUUACUGUCUCUGUGCUGUGCAGCUCAAGGCCAGUGCUGUGCUUGCAGGAAAAUAGGGACUAAGAAAAAGCAGAUCUUAUACUACAGGGAUUAUAGCAUCUAUGACGUAGCCAGCCAUUCUUUGUUCCCAAAGCAAGAAGAAAGAGAUGGCAGAGUCAAUAUAGGGUUGCCAAAUCUGAUUUUCUAACAUGAGUAGGAGGUUGGAUUUUUAUGUGCAACAGUUCCUUUCAGUGCUUUGUUGAUAUGUAAUUGUCAUGCAAUAAUUGUACAUAUUUGGUAAGUUUUGUUAACUCAGGGAACCAACACCAUAACCAUGAUAAUGAACGUAUCCAUCACAUGCAAAGCUACCUCAUGCCCUUUACAAGCCCUCCUUGCCUUCCCAGGGAACCAUUGAUUUACAUUUUUCACUUGAGAUUUGUUUGCCUUUUCUAGAAUUAAUACAAUUGGAAUCAUAAAGUAUUUAUACUUUUUUGUGGUCUGAUUUCUUUCAUGCAGCAUAAUUAUCUUGAGAAUCAUCCAUGCUUUGUGUAUAUAUGGUUCAUUCCUUUUACUACUGAGUAGUGCUCUGCUGGGUGAGUGCACCAUAGUUUUUUAUAGUUUAUUUUAAAAUGUUAAAAAAUAUGAUGAAAUACAUAUAAUACAAAAUUUACCAUCCUAACCAUUUUAAGUGUAUACUUCAGUGGUAAUGAGUAGAUUCGUAUUGUUAUGCAACCACCACCACUGUUCAUCUCCAGAACUCUUCAAUCUUGCCAACCUUUAGAGUUAUCAACAUGUAAGAUAACAUCACCUGUGAUCAGAAAUAAUUUUACUUCUUCCUUUCCGAUCUGGCUGCCUUUUACUUCUUUUCUUUCAUAAUUACACUGGCUAGGACUUCCAGUACCAUGUUGAACAGAAGUAAAGAAAGAGGACAUCUUUGCCUUGUUCCUGAUCAGAAAGCUUUUGGUUUUUCACGAUUGAGAAUGAUUUAACUGUGGGGUUUUUUUUAUAUAUGGCUUUUGUUACAUUAACAUAGUUUUCUUUUAUUCAUUUCUUGAGUGUUUUUUUUUUAAACAUGAAAUGGUAUUGAAUUUUUGUCAAGUGCUUUUUCUGCAUCAAGAUAGAUGAUUUUUCCCGUUUACUCUGUUACUAUGGUAUAGUAUAUUGAUUGUUUUUCAUGUGUUGAACCAUCUUGCAUUCUAGGAAUAAAUUCCACUUGGGCAUGCUUUAUAA